AUGACUGGGGUCAAAGACCUAGGAAUAAUUGUCACAAAAGACUUCCGGUCUACUGAGCAAUGUCAGGUGGCUGCUACUAAACAAGAUGAGUACUUUCCAAACUGUGGACCACAAUCACCUGCAGGUGGCAGAAGUGUUCGUUCCACUUUACAAGGCAAUGAUGCGUCCACUACUGGAAUACUGCGUACAAGUUUGGACCCCAUUGUAACGACCAAAACGCGAUUGUCCUGGUCCGAGGGAAAAGAAUAA